AUGAACCCCGGACGUAGCAUUUACUCGUUCAUUCUUACCGCUAUCCUUCAACUUGGUAAUGUUAUAGCGGCAUGCACAGUAGAUCUGGGGUACGCGACCUAUGAGGGUUAUUAUAAUGACACGUACGGCCUCAAUAUUUGGAAGAGUGUUCGAUAUGCAGCGCCUCCAGUGGGAAAGCUGCGAUGGCAAGCACCUCAACCUCCCCUUCGGGACAACGGUGGAGUGAUCCCAGCCGUCGAUCAGCCACCUCUAUGCCCGCAGUCGGGUGCCUUCGGGGUCCCUGAGGCCUACGGCUUUAAUUCCGGCCCUGGAGACGAGGACUGUCUCUAUCUCAAUGUAUACGCAGCUCCUAAUGCAACCGACUUACCAGUCUUGGUCUGGAUACACGGAGGCGGCUACUCUGUCUUUGGAGCGACAUAUGACCCGAGCAUUUGGAUGAAUGCCAAUAAUAAUGGUUUCAUCGUUGUCGAGAUCCAAUAUCGAUUGGGCGCAUUUGGUUAUCUCGCCUCCGACGACGUCAAGGAGCAUGGUCAACUCAACGCUGGCCUUCUAGACCAACGGUUCGCUCUAGAAUGGGUUCAGGAACACAUUUCCAAAUUCGGCGGUGAUCCAACUCGCGUCACUGUUGGUGGCGAGUCUUCGGGAGCCGGUUCGAUUAUUUACCAUGCUAUGGCUUAUGGCGGCAAGGAAUCGAAUCUUUUCAAUAAUAUUAUUGCUGCCAGCCCAUAUCUCCCACCAGUGCACAAGUACAACGACACGGUUCCAACCACACACUAUAACAAGUUUGUCAAGUUGGUCGGCUGCGAUCAGGGCUCAUCUAAGCUGAGUAAUUACUCAAGCACUUUUGAUUGCCUAGUUGCAGCAGAGAGUGCUGUGUUGCAGAAUGCUAGUGGCACCGUUUCCACAACUCAAGGCUAUUUUGGUAGCUUCGCCUUCUUACCCGUCAUCGACCAUGACUAUAUCCGAGAACGCCCAUCAGCUCAACUCCUAAGUGGAAAUAUCACAGGAAAACGGCUUCUCGUUGGUAACAAUGCUAAUGAUGGCGUGCCCCUAACUAACCCGGAGGUCGAUACAAGAACGAAGUUCGGCGACUUCGUUUCGAAUACCUUCCCACUGCUCACUCCGGAGGACGUCGUGCUACUCAAUGAUGUAUAUCAAAUUGCUUCUUUGCCGACUGGUAGUGGUAUCCCGUACGAUACGCUAGGCUUCACUGGACCCACUGCGUUAUAUCAAUCCGGUAUAGCUACAGGUAUACAACAGGCCGCUUUCAACUUAGCUGCCGAGAAUACCUUUGCCUGUCCAGCGCAGUGGUUUGCCGAGGGGUUCACCACGACCUCUCGACAAGCCUGGAAGUAUCAAUACUCGGUUACCCCAUCGUAUCAUGGUGCCGAUCUCAGUGCUUACUUUGGUUUCGACGUCGCAUUUCCCAACGCGGAUUUUAGGCAUGCAAUGCAGAAGAUCUGGGGGAAUUUCAUCAUCCAUGAUAAUCCCAUCAUCCCUAUCCCUGAUGCAACUGCCAACUACGCAAAUGCGACGGUUCCGAUCGGCAUGUACGGCGAUAUCGACUGGCCUGAGUUCACCCUUGAGAACCCAGUGCAGAUGAGCCUGAACACAACGGGGGGAAACGUAUCUACGGUCACUGUACCCCCUUACUUGAAUUACUAUGUGAGGGAAGGGGUUGGCAUCGUGAAUAGCUUCAACCUCUCGAAUGCCUUCACGUGGGAAGGAGGUCGCGGCGAGCGCUGCGAAUUUUGGCGUGCUGUCGCGGAGCGAGUACCGCAGUAG